CGGCGGGCGUGGCCGGAGUCGCGCGCUGUUGGCGCGCGGUCCCGAUAGAAAGGAGAAGGAGGGGCCCCGGGGGUGACGGUGCGGAGCCGCUGCCAGCGCUGGGCGACAGUCGGCGGCCGGAUCUGAGUAGCAGGAGGGCCGGAGGCCGAGGCAGCGUCGCGGGCCCCCGGAUCCCCCGACCGAGUGGCGGCAGCGUCCGGCCAGGCGGGAGACGCUGCCCGGCCGUGGCGGGGAAGAUGUUUAGCGUGGAGUCGCUGGAGCGGGCGGAGCUGUGCGAUAGCCUCCUCACUUGGAUCCAGACAUUUAACGUGGAUGCACCAUGCCGGACCGUGGAAGAUUUAACGAAUGGGGUUGUGAUGGCCCAGGUUCUUCAAAAGAUAGAUCCUGCAUAUUUUGAUGAAAAUUGGCUAAACAGAAUCAAAACUGAAGUAGGAGAUAAUUGGAGGCUAAAGAUAAGCAAUUUAAAGAAAAUAUUAAAAGGAAUCUUGGAUUAUAAUCAUGAGAUUUUAGGACAGCAAAUUAAUGACUUUACCCUUCCUGAUGUGAACCUUAUUGGGGAGCAUUCUGAUGCGGCAGAGCUCGGAAGGAUGCUUCAGCUCAUCUUAGGCUGUGCUGUGAACUGUGAACAGAAGCAAGAGUACAUCCAAGCCAUUAUGAUGAUGGAGGAAUCUGUUCAACAUGUUGUCAUGACAGCCAUUCAGGAGCUGAUGAGUAAAGAAUCUCCUGUCUCUGCUGGAAAUGAUGCCUAUGUUGACCUUGAUCGCCAGCUGAAGAAAACUACAGAGGAACUAAAUGAAGCUUUGUCAGCAAAGGAAGAAAUUGCUCAAAGAUGCCAUGAAUUGGAUAUGCAGGUUGCAGCAUUGCAGGAAGAGAAAAGUAGUUUGUUGGCAGAGAAUCAGGUAUUAAUGGAAAGACUCAAUCAAUCUGAUUCUAUAGAAGAUCCUAACAGUCCAGCAGGAAGAAGGCAUUUGCAACUCCAGACUCAAUUAGAACAGCUCCAAGAAGAAACAUUCAGACUAGAAGCAGCCAAAGAUGAUUAUCGAAUACGUUGUGAAGAGUUAGAAAAGGAGAUCUCUGAACUUCGGCAACAGAAUGAUGAACUGACCGCUUUGGCAGAUGAAGCUCAGUCUCUGAAAGAUGAGAUCGACGUGCUGAGACAUUCUUCUGAUAAAGUGUCUAAACUAGAAGGUCAAGUAGAAUCUUAUAAAAAGAAGCUAGAAGAUCUUGGUGAUUUAAGGCGGCAGGUUAAACUCUUAGAAGAAAAGAAUACCAUGUAUAUGCAGAACACUGUCAGUCUAGAGGAAGAGUUAAGAAAGGCCAACACAGCGCGAAGUCAACUUGAAACCUACAAGAGACAGGUAGUAGAACUACAAAAUAGAUUAUCUGAAGAAUCAAAGAAAGCAGAUAAACUAGAUUUUGAAUAUAAGCGGCUAAAAGAAAAAGUUGACAGUCUUCAAAAAGAAAAGGAUAGACUGAGAACAGAAAGGGAUUCUCUGAAGGAAACCAUUGAAGAACUUCGUUGUGUACAAGCUCAAGAAGGGCAGCUCACAACUCAAGGGUUAAUGCCUCUGGGAAGUCAGGAGUCUUCAGACAGUCUAGCUGCAGAGAUUGUUACACCUGAAAUCAGGGAGAAACUUAUUCGUCUUCAGCAUGAGAAUAAGAUGUUAAAACUUAACCAAGAAGGUUCGGACAAUGAAAAAAUAGCCUUAUUGCAGAGCCUUCUAGAUGAUGCAAAUCUACGCAAGAAUGAACUGGAGACAGAGAAUAGGCUGGUAAAUCAAAGACUUCUGGAAGUACAGUCACAAGUUGAAGAAUUGCAAAAAUCUUUACAGGAUCAAGGCUCGAAAGCAGAAGAUUCAGUCCUUCUAAAAAAGAAGCUUGAAGAACAUCUAGAGAAGCUGCAUGAAGCCAAUAAUGAACUACAGAAGAAGAGAGCCAUUAUUGAAGAUCUCGAGCCAAGAUUUAACAACAGCUCCUUAAAAAUUGAAGAAUUACAAGAAGCUUUACGAAAGAAAGAAGAGGAAAUGAAGCAAAUGGAAGAACGAUAUAAAAAAUACUUAGAGAAAGCCAAAAGUGUUAUUCGUACUUUAGAUCCUAAACAGAAUCAAGGAGCAGCACCAGAAAUACAAGCUCUUAAAAAUCAGCUCCAAGAACGAGACCGACUGUUUCACUCAUUAGAGAAAGAAUAUGAGAAAACAAAGAGUCAAAGAGAGAUGGAAGAAAAAUACAUUGUUAGUGCCUGGUACAAUAUGGGAAUGACUCUGCAUAAAAAGGCAGCUGAAGAUAGACUGGCAAGCACAGGCUCAGGACAGUCGUUUCUGGCGAGGCAGAGGCAAGCGACCAGCAGCAGAAGAUCGUACCCAGGCCACGUGCAGCCGGCUGCAGCAAGGUAGAAAAGUACUGCUGCCCAAACACAGUACAGACACCUGCACCCACAGCAUACUUCUGUUACACACAACAUUUCAGGAAGCUCAGCCAGCUUAUUUUUUGUUUCUCUUCUAUGUCAAUACUUAGUGUUUCUCAUUCUGAGAACUUUUUCUCUCUCCCGUAUCUUUGUUUUAGUUUCUUUGGUUCUUAUUUUGUAGUCCUUUCAGUUCUUUUUAAUGUGCCAAAAAUUUGUACAUGUCCAAUUAAAAAUGUUGUAUAAUAGUGUAAUACUUUUCUUUGUAUGAAAAUGUCCCCUUCCUCAAAGGUGUAGGCUUUGUAAUGAAUUAGAUUUUCUGCCAAUAAUUAUAUACAAUUUAUAUUCUUUAUUGUGCCUGUGUGUUACCAUGCUUUAUAAGAAUGUCUUUGUUUAAAGGGAAUUAAUCUUUUUAUGAUGUAUUAAUCUGUGUUUUCAGUUGUUUUCCAAGUACAGUUCAAAUAACUUGCAUAUUUACUUUACAAAAUGGUUGACAAGUGUUCUUUUUGCAAAGACAUAAAUACAUUGGCAGAGGUGCUAAGCAUUAUCAUCCCUAAGGCACCUGGUAGAAUUUGAGGAAAAAAAUGAGUUUUCACAUUGUUUUAUAGGAAAUUAAAUUUGCCCAAAGAUUUGGAGACUGUUUUUUAAACAUAAAUACAUAAAAUUUGAUUAUUUCCUGCUAUCUGGUUUGCUGGCAGAAGUGAAUGUAUUGAUAAGGUAUUUUGGGAUAAAUUACAAAAGAAAAAAUAUCAGACACUACAUUAAUUUGUUGUUGUUUUGGAAUAUCUUAGUAACUGGGGAUCAGAUUCUAGCAAUGUGGUUGACAUUUAUAUUAUAACUUCAGUUUCUCUCCACAUCUAAAAGAGUUAACCUUUCAUAUAUGUACAAGUUAUUGGUAGCCUUACCUUUUGGACUAUUUGUUGACUUAUGCCUCAUUUGUUUUACUUAUUCCUUAAUAUAAACCCUUCCAUUUUUUAAUAAUUCCUAACACUUGACAUCUUAAUAUCAGUCAUUAACAUUAGUAACUUCUUAUAUGUUAUAUCAUGACAGAUCUCUUUAUGUUUUUUUCUCACAUCUAUCUGCUAGUCCAGGAAUUUGUUACUAAAUAGAUUCUCUUGGGUAUUUGGUUGCCUCAAAGUGCUUACAUUUGUUAACAGAUUGUAAACCACGUUUAUUUACAUUGAUGAAUGGGCUGUCAAUGAGUAAUCAUCGUAAAGCACUUUGUAUAUAUAUAUAAGCUCCUAUAUAAGUGCGAAAUAUCAUUCAUUUAAAAAUGAAAUGCCUUCUAACUUUC